AUGUCAACUUGGGGAAAGUACUUUCGGGUGACGACUUAUGGCGAGUCUCACUGUCGGUCAGUCGGCUGUAUUGUCGACGGCUGCCCUCCAGGGAUGCAUUUGACCGAACAAGAUAUCCAGCCUCAGAUGACUCGCCGGAGACCGGGACAAUCCGCUCUGACCACACCGAGAAACGAGAAGGACAGAGUAGAGAUUCAAUCUGGGACAGAGUUUGGCGUCACUCUCGGCACGCCAAUCGGCCUGAUCGUGCGCAACGAAGACCAAAGACCCAAGGACUAUGGCGGGAAUACCAUGGACCUCUACCCGCGACCUAGCCACGCAGAUUUCACUUAUCUAGAAAAAUAUGGCGUCAAAGCCAGCAGUGGUGGAGGUCGAAGCAGUGCUCGUGAGACCAUUGGACGUGUGGCAGCGGGCGCCAUUGCAGAGAAAUAUCUCUCGUUGGCGCAUGGAGUGGAGAUUGUAGCCUUUGUGUCUUCGGUCGGCUCUGAGCACCUCUUUCCACCCACGGCUCAGCACCCGUCUCCCUCGACAAACCCGGACUUUUUGGCUUUGCUAUCCAAGAUCACCAGAAAGGAAGUCGACUCUUUCAUCCCUGUCAGAUGUCCCGAUGCGGAUGCCAUGGAGCGGAUGACCAAGGUGAUCGAGAAGUUCCGCGACGCCCAAGACAGCAUCGGUGGCACAGUCACAUGUGUGAUUCGAAACUGCCCUAUCGGGCUGGGGGAACCGUGCUUCGACAAACUCGAGGCGGAACUGGCACAUGCUAUGCUCAGCAUACCCGCCACGAAAGGAUUCGAGAUCGGAUCGGGUUUCGGUGGUUGUGAGGUUCCUGGAUCGAUCCAUAACGAUCCGUUCGUCGCAGCACCAGCGGAUCAGAGCCAGAAGCGGAAACUGACGACCAAGACGAACAAUUCUGGCGGUAUCCAGGGAGGCAUUUCCAACGGUCAGGAUAUCUACUUCAGAGUCGCGUUCAAGCCGCCUGCUACCAUUGGCCAAGCGCAGCACACGGCUACAUACGAUGCGGAAGAGGGUGUUCUGGAGGCAAAGGGCAGACAUGAUCCGUGUGUGGUUCCUAGAGCCGUGCCGAUUGUCGAGGCCAUGUCCGCUUUGGUGCUUAUCGAUGCCCUCAUGGCGCAGAAGGCCCGAGAAAGUGCGAGGAGUCUACUGCCGCCGCUGAAGACGACUUUGCCUGUUAAAGAAAGUGGCACCUCUGCUACUUCGGAAAAGGUCGCUGAGCACCUGAAUGGGUUGAAGUGA